CCCAAUAUACCUCGAGUGGCCGCAAAGCCACCCAGUAGCCUCCCCCGCUGUGCGCUCGCAUGACCCCAUUUAACCCCAUUCCCGGGCCCCGUCUUUAAAAGACCCAAUCUUCAACUCUGACUUUCAUCUUGUUUUUCUUUCUGGAGUUGCUUUCUUUCGGUUCGAUGUUGCCUCCUCUCCCUUAAUCCGCAAUGCCGACUCCGAGUGACAACGCUUCGAUCGCCGAGGUGAUCUCCACCCGUACUUGUCCACCAGAGCCAGAUCGGAUUUCAGCCUGGCGUGACUCGCCAGAUCCUACUGAUUCUGGCAUCGAACCCUUUGAUGCUCUUUCACCCGAAAGCGCCAUCGCACCAUCCGUAUUGAGUCGUUCCGACGAUGGUAGCACUCUCUUGGCAACGGAGCCACUGAAGGUGGAGAAGAAGCUGACGGGCGCGGACGAAUACACUGCACCCGUGAGGUCUAGUUCUCCUGCAGAAUCAUCCUGCAUCCGUAGCCAGACACCGACAUUGCCAACAAACUCAUCACUGCUCGACUGGGAAUUCUCAAACGUUCGGCUCCUGCCAAAUCACACAUCAUCCUUUCUGCGCUCCGGAAGUAAAUUUGUUGGAACACAACAAUCAGAUCGCCAGGUUUACAAUGUCGAUGUUGAAAUUAAGCACGUGGAUAUGGCGGAGUCCUAUCUUUGCGGCUAUCUCCGCAUACAAGGUCUCACAGAGGAUCAUCCCACUUUGACCACAUUUUUUGAAGGGGAGAUAAUUGGUACCAAACACACCUUCCAGACUCGCAAUGAGGACUGGGGCGCUUCGGAAAAGACCGACCUGCACCACUGGUCCCGGUUUCCUGCUUGGCGUCCACUAGCAAAACAGGCCAAAAAGGCGGAUUUCACAUACCGUAACUUUGCCCAGCGUGAGCAUAUUUUCAUGAGAUGGAAAGAAUCUUUUCUCGUUCCCGACCAUCGCGUGAGGACGAUUUCAGGAGCCAGCUUUGAAGGUUUCUACUACAUCUGUUUCAAUCAGAUCGAAGGAACUGUCAGCGGUGUAUACUUCCACGCAAAGAGCGAGCGAUUCCAACAACUCGAACUCAAGCACGUCGAAGAUCGUGGAUGCGCGCCAGCACUCGAAUUCCGUUAAACACGGUGAACUCGAUUGCUGGCGCACCCAUUAUAAUUACCACCCUCACUUCUGAGCCAAUGUUUGAUGUUUACGCUCAGACUCCACAUCUUGUUCUUUUAUCCGUGACACCUUGUCUAUGCAGUGCUUCGUGGCCCCAUGUUGCUCGUGAAUUUUGGAUGUUUGAAGCUCCCCUCUCGCCGUGUAUCCUGGUUGCUUUUUCUCGAAUACCCAUCGUCUCGUCCCUUAUCUCCUACUCACUGUCUCGUCCUUUAUCUCCUACCCGCCUGUCGAAGAUCCCUUUGUUUCCACACACCCUACGAAGGUUCAAGGCUUUCUCUUUUCCGACGCUGCAAAAGCGACCUGGAUACAAUCCGCCCUCAAAUUGUCCCUUAUGUCUCAUGAUAUCGUGAUCUAUGAAACGGCGUUUUCUUCCCGCCUCUGGCGGCCCUCUGGCAACCUGGUUCUGGUUCCCUGACGCCCUCAACUUGGAGUUAUAAUCUCUUAUAUUCUUGUUCGUUUAUUGUCAUCAUCUAUUCCUUCUUAACUUAGUCUGUUAGUAUCUCCUCUUUGGACAUCCGGCCAAUUGACAUAUGUCCGGUUUGGAAAAAUUUCCACUCUUUGGCAGCGAUAUUCACAAUUGCAUAGUACAUAUGGAUAUUGCUUUAAGAGCACUCUUUGAUCGUUUCCCGAAUCCUAGUUCCAAUGGUACAAAAGCUCGCUAUUCUAUCUCCCUUCGCGGUGGAUAUCCUCAUUCUCGAGCUCCACAACCCGCGUAUUCAAUUACCCCCGUUUCGUAACCUUCUGUCCUACUGA